AUGCGUUGUUUUCCAGUGAAGACAAGGAACAGCACUGCAGAGGAGCUGGAGGAGCCUUGUGGGGGUGACUUCCUGGCCUCCCUCCCCGAGCAAACCUACCUCGAGGUACAAGCCCAAGAGCUGAGGGCUCCCGCGCGGGGUGCGGCGCGUCCCCCGCCCGCCGGACCUCGGCGGUCCGAGUGUCCCUGCGCCGUCGGCGCGCCCGCCGGCAGGGCGACCCGCGGGAGCGGCAGCGCGGGGCUGGAGCGAGCCGGCCUCUGCGACGUCCCCCGGCCAGGAAUUCGCUUGCGGCUACGACGGCGACAGCGGCGGGGACACAGGGCGGGGAGGCGGCCAGAUCAAAGGGAGCCGCCCGCCCGGCCGAGACUGUCUGGGCGCGCCGAGGAGCCGCCCCUCCGGGAAGCGCGGAGGACGUCCCGGGCGCUGACCCGAGAAAGGCGCGGCGCCCCCCGCCCCGCGCGCCCCCGCGGCCGCCUGUCUCCCCCCCCCCACCCCCGCCUCCCGCGCCGAGCCCCGCGCGCUCCCGGCCCUGGAGGAGGCGAGGCCGGGCGCGAAGGGACGCGCGGGAGCCGCUCGGGAGGCGCGGCGCGGAGCAGCGCCGGGAGGGAGACGAUGGCUCGACUGCCCGGCAGCGCGGGGCUCCUCCUCGGCGUGGUGCUGCUGGCGGCGCUGCUGGCCGCGAACCGGGCGCUCCCCCUGAGGAAGCCGCGGCCCCGGAGCCCCGCGAGGCUGGCGGAGGUGAGCGGCGGGGCCGGGGCGCGAGCGGCGACCUCCGAGGGCGGGCGCGGGGCGGGGGCCAGCCCCAUCAUGCCUCAUGUGGACACCAUCUGUCCAAACAGUCUGUGGACAUGGCCUCACUCACCCUCUGAGGUGGUAAAGCAGGUAUCAGCCUUCCCAGAUCCCGGCUCUCCUAGGGAAGAAGAGGGGAACCCACUGCUCCGCAGAACCCUUCAGGCAGGGCCAUGCCGUCAUAGGUGCCGGGCUCUCAGUGAGCCAGCAGCCUUGAGCCCAGACAGGGCGGCCCCUCCCAGGACCCUGGAGGACACUCCCUUGCUGCUUGAGCUGCAGAAGCUGCCAGGAUUGGCCAACACAGACUUGAGUGCCCCAAACCCCAAUAUCCAGGUGACCGUUGAGGUGGUGGAGGAGCCCCAGGCCGAGGUGGAGAUGGACCUACCGGCCGAGCCCAGCCGCUGCUGGCCCCAGGGUGCCUCAAGCUGGCUGCCCGCCAAGGAGCUCUUCUGGCCCCUAUUCUGUGGCCACCUGGAGGGCGAGGAGGGGAGGACUGAUCUCAAGGGCAGAGCCCCAGGGGACGAAGAGGAGGAGGAGGGUUACCCUGCAGAGCACGGUGAGAGCAAGGCCCAGGAGGACAGCGAUGAGGAGGGGGAGCCCGGGCUCAGUGCAGACAGCUGGGAGCAGGGCUGGCUGGCCCCCGGGGACUGGGCCUUCAAGGAGACAGACGGCUAUGCUGAGCGCUCCCAUCUUGACUAUGAGCUUCCAGAGGAGUGGAGCCCCUGGUCUCCCUGUGGUGGGAGCUGCAGCAGCGGCAGCCAGAGGAGGACUCGGCCCUGCGGCUCCACCUGCACGGCCACCAAGUCCCGAGCCUGCGACCUGCCCCCUUGUCCUGGCACCGAGGACAAGGACCCCUUGGGCUUCCCCAGUGAGCAGUGGCAGCCCCUGGCCCACAAUGCUACGCACAUGCUCGGUCCAGAUGUGGACAGCUGUGAGGAGUGGCUGAAUUGCAAGAGUGACUUCCUGGCCAAGUACCUGAGUCACGUGCUGCAGGACCUGCCUGGCUGCCCCUGCAUGUACCCACUGGAGGCCCGUGUCCAGCGCCCCGUGAGCCUGCAGGAUGAGCCCCGGGGCCGCAGCUUCCGCUGGGGGGAUGCGAGUGGCCCGCGGGAGCGCCUGGCCCUGUAGCAGCCCUUGGCGCCCUUCUGCUUGCGCUCCCCGCCGUCGGUGGCCAGCCGCGCCCUGGCCGCCCAGCACCUCCGCUACGGCGCGGGCAGCCAGCUGCUGACCUGGGGCAAGGGCGCCGGCGCUCCCGACCUUGUCAGCACCCACUUCUUGCCCGAGCUGCCCUUCAGGGUGGCCACGCUGCCCUGGAUCCUCUGCAAGGGGGACUGGAGCCGCUACCAUGCCGCGCGGCCCCCAGACAACGGCCGGGCCUGCGCCGACAACCCUCCUGAGGACGAAUACCUGGCCCAGUUGCAGGAGGCUAAGGAGUACUAACGGGUGUGUGGGGGGGGCCCCGCUGUGCCCGAGAACCCGCCCGCCCUGCAGACCCCUCGCCCUGCCUCUGCCCAGACCCGGUGAUGCCGGCCUGCUGCCACCGGCCCUCCGCCUGUGAACCCCAGGCAGAUUCUGUCUGAUGAAGAACUGGGAGCCUCAGCAGAGGUAUAGGGAGCCCUGCUUGCAGCCCAACCCAAGCCGCCCAUGCUUGUGUUUGCGACUCCUUCACCCAGCUGGGCGGGCGGGGCUCCUGGAGUGCAGAGGUUGGAUGUAGAUGGGAUCCAACGCAGAGUUGCCCAGAGGACUAUACCUGUAAGAUGACGGAAGUGGACCUGUACCCUUACCAGACACUGCACUGUCCCUCCUGGCACUUGGGGAAGAACAGAGACACAUCGGAAAGUAGGAUGAGACAAGAUGUGUCCCAAGCCACCACCUGGAGAUGCUCAGAGAGCUAAUGUUUCCAUAACCAUCACACCUAGAGGGAAGACACUUGGGCUCUGGAGUCCAGCCGUUCUUAGGGGACGUUUGCCAGAUGCCACCAAGUGCCGGUGCUUCUCUAUGUGUCCUCUCUAAUGAUCUGAUAAGGUGUUGGUGAUCUCUGCUUCAGAUUUUUUUCAAGAACUCUUAUCGAAUUGGUUAGACUCUCCAGCCAGGAGGAGUUCCGAGGCCACACAGAGAGGAGAGCCCAGGAUGCCACCUCCGCCAGCAGUAAGGUUUCUUGGCACGGCUUGCCCCGGAGCACCCCCCAGCCCAUCUUCCGUCCGUGAGGGGGGGCAGCAGCUUUGCACCAGCCUGCAGUGCGCAGGAAUGCUGGUGAGAAGCUGGUUUCCCUCACGCCUCUACCCUCGGCCAGAAUGUAAACAAAACCUGGGGUUUGUU